AUGAUUAGGGCUUCUACCAGGACAGCACAAGCAUUCCACUUGAACAAUGGCCCAUUGUCAAUGGGUGAAGCUUUAGAACUGACCCCUGAUAAGUACAAUGAAAUUUUUCUUGGGAAGUCAUCCCCCUCAAGAGAUCCCCGAGUUCGGGCCAUGGAACUUCUACCAGCGGUGGAUUCCUGUGCCCUUGGACCUCCAUCGUCAGCGAUGACAGUAGCAGCAGCUGAAACGCUAGAAAAUGUUGGAAUGCUUGUUCUAGUUCUGAUCUCAGUUUCAACCUGCAUCAACUGCUACUCCAUCCACUACUUCGUCAACUACACAAUGGGCUUGUACAAAAAGAAGCCAAUUAGAGCAGGCUACAUUGACGCAAUCUUGAGAACACCACCGGUGUGUUGCUUGUGCUCACUGAUGAUUUUGCUCUCUCCAAGGAUCGCGCUUUUUAUGACAUUCAUUUUGAAUUUCACCUUUGGUCUGUCAAUCAAUGCGCUUUUCUCCUUGAUUUUGGACUAUUUCGACAGCUUUGACCACUUUCUCAAUCAAGCGAAAAAGACAAAAUGGUCGCAAGCAAAUACAAGUAUUCUUGAGUGCUUCAGAAUAACUCCUUCUCGCGAGUGGUUUUCUCAACUCUACUGGGGAUCCCUGCAAUGCGUCUUUGUCCGCUGUGCGUUUAUCAUCGCAAAUGCUUGCUUCGUCGCAGAGGGAAUCUGGACUGUUGACACUGGUAGUAUUUCGUCGCUCUUUGGUGGACUCGUAUCAACUGGACUGGCUGUCUUCUGUCUCAUUGUGCUCUCGGAAAACUUGAACUUUUGCAUGGCCGAUUUUCAUAUCAAAUUUAAAUUCAUGCUCUUUCGACUAACUCUCAUUUCUGUAAACAUCCAGCCAAUUAUUAUAUCAUUCUUCAAUUACUCCUGCGUCUAUCCUCAUACAGCAGCUGGGCGCGGCACUAUUUUGCAUAACGCACUUGUUGUAAUUGAAAUGUUUCUCGUCAGCUUGCUCUACAGAUAUGUGUUCAUGUACAAAUUCGUAGAAGAUAAAAACUUCGAUCUCCAGCGAGAACUUGUUUUGCCAAAGGAUUUGAAAGAGCUGGCAGAGGGAUUUGUAAGCAGACUUACGCAUCAUGUUAUGCAUCAAGACGAGGAUGGAGGAACUCCAAAAAGACGAACUCGCUGGAUUUCGGAAGGCGAUACUGAUUCUAUGUUUUCUGUGCACAUCAAAUAG